AUGGAAGUUGAACAACAACCAUCAUAUACAUCGAAUUUUAUAAUUCAUUUAAAUGAAAAUGAAGAUAAUGGCAUUUCAUAUAGAUCAAGAAAAUCUACACCAAAAUUAGUUAAACAUUAUAUAUUAGGUGAAGUUUUAGGUGAAGGUGCUUAUGGUAAAGUUAAAGAUGGCAUGGAUUCAUUUACACAAAAAAGAGUAGCAGUUAAAAUAUUAAAAAGAGCAAGAUUAAAAAAGAUUCCUGGCGGGGAAGCAUCAGUUUUAAAAGAGAUUAAUAUUACAAAAAAGUUACACAAUAAACAUAUAAUCAAAUUAAUUGAUCAUUUCAUUAUAGAGGAAAAAGGUAAACUGUACAUUGUCUAUGAAUAUGUUGGUGGUGGAACUUCACAAAAUAUUUUAGAAAAUGCACCAAAUGGUAGAUUACCACCACACCAAUCACAAUUUAUAUUUAGACAAUUAAUUGAAGCAUGUGAAUAUAUUCAUUCACAAAAGAUAUUACAUCGUGAUAUUAAACCUGAUAAUAUACUAUUUACACAUGCAAAUGUAUUGAAAUUGAGUGAUUUUGGAGUUGCAGAGGAUAGUAGCCAAUUGGAAGAUUUUGAAUGUUUAUCAAGAAGUUAUGGUUCACCAGCAUUUCAACCACCAGAGUUAACACAAUUUCAAACUACAUUUUCACCAUUUAAAAUCGAUAUUUGGGCAAUGGGUGUAACAUUAUACCUUAUGACCAUUGGUAAAUUCCCUUUUUCCGGUGCAAAUAUGUUUGUACUUUUUGAAAAUAUCUCUAAAUGUAAAAUAGAAUUUCCAAAUGAUCUCGAUAAAGAUUUGGUUAAUUUAAUUAAAGGUAUUUUACAAGUUGAUCAUAUUCAAAGAUUUUCAUUAGGUCAAAUUAAAAAUCAUCCGUGGUGUAUUAAAUAUAUACCAGAGGUAGAACCAUUUGUGCCAUUAUUAGAAGAAAGUAAAUUUUUACCAUUAGAGAUGGCAUAUGGUGAUGAUGAAGGUGAUGAUGGUGGAGGUGGUAGAGGAGGAGGAGGAGAUGAUGAACUUAUUUUUGGUUAUGAAAAUGAUGGAAAUACAAUAGAUUUACAAGAUCCAGAAUAUAUACCCUCUAUAUCAGUGGGUGAUCAACCACCAUCAACUCCAAUAUUACAUAGUAGUGAUCAUCAUCAUCAUCAUCAUCAUAAUAACCAACAUCAACAUCAACAACAACAACAGCAACUACAACAAUCACAACAAUUUCAUGGUAAUGGAGAUAAUAAUUUAUUAUUUGAUUCAAAUAAUAAUUUAAUAUUUGAUUCAAAUAAUAAUUUAUUAUUUAAUACAAAUAAUAAUGAACAUUUAAUUAAUGGUUUACCAGUGCACCCAAUUGAACUCGACCCUGUAAAUAUUAAAAAGAGUUCAAUUGGUACAAAUAUUUCUGAUGUGGCUUUAAUUCGUGAGAAUUAUAUAUGCUCUGAUAAUGAUGCUAGUAGUGGUCAAGAUGAUGAAGACUAUUCAGAUGAUAAUGAAAUUAGUGGUGAAGAUUUAAAUCCAACAAAUCACCACCACCACCGUGCUGAUAGAGUUGGCUCACGUGAUAAGAGUUCAAGAUCAAGUAAAAGAAAGAAUAGUAGUAGUAAUAAUAAUAAUAAUAAUUCCACUUCUCCAAAAGUUGAAUUUAAUCCAAACCGUUCUUCACCUCAACCACCUUUAAGAAAUUCAAGUAAUAGAAGGCCAAAAAUUACUUUUGAAUCUCCACAUAAUAAGUCAAAAUGUAUCAUUAAUUAA